UCCGUCUCCACGUUGCGCCAGGGCGAGGCAGCCGCGUCCGUAGAGCGAGCCGCGGUCUCGGGAGGCCGGGCGUCCGAUCUUCACCGCCGAGGCCAGGCGAGCCGUUCGAAGACGCGCCUCCGACGGCUCCCCGCUUCUGGCGCGGCGUCAUGUCAGGCUUGGAUUAUCUGGCCGCGGAGUGCCUGAUGUCCAUCUCCAGCGGGGCCUUGAUCCACCCGGCCUCCAGCCUCUUCAGUUCAAAAGAGGAGCGAGGCGGACGGCCCCCUUGCCUCCCCAGCGCCCGCCACCCGGUGCGCCCCGGCUCUGCGCUUUCGGACUGCGGCGGGAGCGGCUCCUCCUCGCCCGGAGGGGGCGAGUUGCGAAACGGCGUCCCGGUCCUGCCGCAGGCGGGGGAGCUUCCCCAAAAAGCCGGCGCUGACAGCCCCGCCAGCCUCUCCGCCAUCUCCCCGGCUAAAAGGCACCAGUGCCCUUUCCAAGGCUGCAUUAAGGUCUACGGCAAAUCCUCGCAUCUGAAGGCGCAUCUCAGGACGCACACCGGCGAGCGUCCGUUUCCGUGCAAUUGGCCCGGCUGUCAGAAAAGGUUUGCACGCUCGGAUGAGUUGGCCCGCCAUUUCCGCACCCACACUGGCGAGAAGCGGUUUGCCUGCCCACUCUGUGAGAAGCGGUUUAUGCGGAGUGACCACCUGACCAAGCAUGCCCGCCGCCACCCUGCUUUCCAGCCAGGCAUGGUCCGAAGGUCUGACUGCUACAGGGCCUCCCCUACUGACUCAGCUGGCAGCAGCUUGGCUGGAAGCCCCGCCCCUGGGAGCCCCGCCUCUGACAGCCCCGCCCCUUAAAGGGGGCAUUCCACCCUGCUACUUGUCCUUCCCAGGCCCAGCCUCUAGGGGGCGACCAGGUACUAUUUCAGAGGCAUUUUUUGAUUCAAAAUCUUGGCUUCCCCAUCACUUCCAGUUAUGGUUUAACAUGCCUUAUUGUGGAAACAGCCCCUCCUUGUGCUUGGUGGGCAUUUUGAUUAGAAUACUGGUCCCCCUCCCUGCUUGCUUUCAAGCUAUAACCUCUGUGCACAUUCCCAUCCCACCUAGGCUGAUGGUGGCAGGAUCUGUAGCAACCACACCAGCAGGCUUGAUUAAACCUUGUUGACGUUCCUUUGGAAAGAGGCCCCCUCCGACCCCCAGUCAGUGCCUAGCAGAUGAUUUUCUAGCCCUUGGUCAAACAGAUAGUCCCACCAUCACUUUGCCUCAGUUUCCCAGCUGUAAAGAGACUUUUUUCCAGGGUCUGUGCUUGGUAUCAUUGGAAAUGUUCAGCUCAUCCAUUUCCAGUCAACUUUCUGGAACAUGCAGAUGGGAAUGCUGAUUUUUGCUGUAGUCCUCAGGAAUGAAAGACCCUUGUCCAAGUUUCACUUAGCUUUAAGCCUCUCUCUUUGAGCAACCUAUGGACUCUUUGCAUUUAGAAAGAGAAUACGGUGGAAAUUGCUGUCCAUGCUGUUGGUCCCCUUGCAUUCGAUAAUCAGGAUUAAAUUGCCUCUGAAUAAGGAGGGUCCAUCCUUAGCCAUCAGUGCUAACAGCAAGAUGUAAGAGAUCAUGUUUUUCUGUCUUGUCUCCCCACCCCCAGCCUAAAUUGAUUGCCUCCAAACCAUCUUCCUGGGGAAUGUCCAAGUUGAUGUAGGCCCUUUGACACUAGGACUGAAGCAAAAGUGGGAGAUGGUUCUUUUUUCCCACGGGGAAAUUGGGUGUCGGUAAUUAACUUUGGGACCUGAUACUGUAUAUUUUUCCCAGGUCCACCUUUUCUUACGGAAAGAAAGAUGAGGACCUGUAUCUACGGGUGUAUCUGUUUCAGGGUUUGUGUUCGGUUUUUUUUUUGGUAAAAUAAGUAUUUAUUCCUUUUAAUAUAGAAUGUAGUUGACCAGGUAAAGUUUGGGUAUAUUGUCUGAAUGGUCUGCACAUGGAUGAACUAAACCUGAGAAGAAUGGGAUUUUUAGUAUGACUCAGGACACCUAAAAGCACUUUUUCUCCCUUUCGUGGGCUGUGGCAACUGCUCUGCGCAGCUGUACACCAGACAAGUGUGUGUGUGUGUGUUCUUUGUUUAAAAGUGGAUGCUUUGAUGCUUUGGAUGAUGGUGGUUCCUUGUAAGCUGUCAGAUGUCUCUCAACAAUGCUAGGCUGGGAGCAGGCCCAAGCAGACAUUCAAAGACACAAAGCUCCAGUAAGUAGAUCUAUUGUAGAAAAACUAAUGCAGCCACGAUGAAAGAAUUUCAGUGAUUGCUAUGUAUUUAAUGCAAGGUUUGUGUAUAGUGGAAUCAAGCUUUACUUUCUGGUGCCCAUAUGGUGUAGCUGGCGUGAAGCUGCUGGUCUAGUUAUCAGGCUGUUUGCUUUUGACCUGCUGAGAACUGGCUCCUACAUAAAGGCACCCUUGAUUUCUUUCUGUGCUCUGCUUCUGAAAAUGUAAAUCCAUUUAUGCAGGCACGGCCCUCUUUCCCCUUGCAUUUUGAGAACAAGCCAAGCUGUCACCAUUCACGUCCUUGCAAAUAAGGUGGAAUGGAAUAAAGAGACCUGGGCAGAGGUACCAUUUAGAUGUUUCAUGGGAUAGCAAUAGAUGGAGAUGGGGAGAAAAAACACAGAAGGGAAUAUGUUGCCAUGUCAGUGAGUCUUGCCCUUGGUAACAACGUCAUCUGCAGGCUAACCCAGACAGCAUCUUUCACUUGCAUUGGAUUCCAGCUUCUAGAGUUCCCAAUCUGGGAGGGGAGGGAUUGGCUGAGGAUCAUUGGAUUAGGACAGUGGGGUAACAAAGCAAUUGGGGUAAGUGGAAUGGGAAUUGGGGAUAGGAGAAUGUUUGCAAAGUAGCCUAGGAAAUAACAUCCAGCUGGUUUGACUUGAAAUAGGAAUCCAACUGGGGUAGCAUUAAAGAUGUCACACAAAUCUUGUGUCUUCAAAUCCAGCCUGGUGGACUGAUUCCAGGAUGCACUGCCCAUGCCUCUAUUUAUUUGAACUCAGGACCCCAUUGAUUCUAGGCCUUAUGGAUUUCCAGUAGUCAAAAGCAAUGGCAGGAGAGAGAACUUACAGUAUUGGAAGGAGCCACUGGGGCCAAUGAGUUCAUCCUGCUCUCCAUUGCAAGAAACCAAAGGAAAGCAAUCUUCAAUGACACUCGCCCGGCCUCUGCUUGAAGAUAUCCAGCACAGAGCCCACGAGUGCUUUUGAUCUUUGGUUCCAGGCUGAUAUUGCUGUUAACAUAAGGAAGGGUUUCUUAACAUUCAACACGAAUGUGCUUUCCCGUAACUUUAAGGCCAUUAUUUUGUGUCCUGGCACUGGAGGAAAAUAGAAAAGAGGUUAGAUGUCUUCUUUUGCUUGAAUAACUUCUGCCCUAGAAGCUUUGGGUGCCUAUUUAGGAUUUCUGAUGUGUUCCAAGAGUACUUUUAAGAUGAACAGGUACUUUGUCCCAUACGUGUCACUAGGCAAUUGAUUUUUUUAUAGGUAGAUAGAUAUAUCUAAAAAGGACCCAUCCUUCCUGUGUUAGAAUAUAUAACCAGACUGAUAUUUUAUUAAGGGGAAGUAUAUUUUCUUUCUUUUGAAAUAAGAAUGAAAGCUUGUUCUUACUGCUGGAACGUGGAUAUUUUUGUAGAAAGAAAUCAAGUUAUGUUGCACUUCCAAAGUUAGAGGAGAAUUCUGAUUUUGGUGGAGAUGCUAUUUUUUUUAUUAGAACAAAAGAUCCCCUCUUUAUCCUUCCUCCAUGCCUUUGUAAUGGAUUGUCUCCUGUACUCAGAUAUUGGCUACAGGGAGAGGGAAAAAUAAUGUAAGUAAGAAAUAAGCCUCUUACAAACAGCCCCCACCCUUGCCAGUCUACCAUGAUUUUUACAGGUUUAUGAUCCCAGAACCUCUCUUGUAAUUGCUAGAUGGAGAAGUGAUGAAAAUGGUUUUUCAGAUGCAUUUAUUUUAUAUGAUUAUGUACAUGUAUUUAUACUCCAGUGGAUCCCUGCUGUAAAAUCCAUCCCUGUAUCUUGAUCAGUGUAUCUGUUGCAUGCUGUUGUGUGCUGUGUUUUUGUUGAGAAGGAGUUGUUUUCAUUUUCUCCAGAUCUGUAUUUUUAAUAAUAAGCACUGAAAUUUGGUGCACCAUUUUGUGUGUGUAUUUUCCCUGUUCUAUUUUUAAAUAAAACAAAAACAGGCUCUUCUCUUUAA